AUCCAGCUGUUGGCCAAGUACUCCAGGGGCCCGUUUAUUUGCAUUGCUAAACAAUCCGUGGAGUGGGCCGAGUACGAAGAAAUGGAGCAAGUUCUUUCUUUUUGCUAAACGACCCUCCCCUCACUAUUGGUCAACGUUUUCACGCGUUAUUGCCGUCGAUGAACAGGGCGGCUGCAGCGGGUGACCAAAGCCAAGUGAACGCGCGUACGCGGAGGGGUCGGUUUGAGCGCGUCGUUUUGCGCUUCGGGUCCUGCAAACCCGUAAAGGUAGCAAAUCCACAAAAAUCAACUCUUUCCUGUUGCGAGCAGACUGGGGUUGGUGGUGUGACGGUCCUUCGGGAACCAUAAGGAUCCAUUUAAACAUGUUAUUUGAACUACGUGGCUUGAGUUGGUCGACAAACAAAAGAAUGUUGACAGUUUUAAUAUGUAUGAUGUCCUGUAUUCACUCCGGUAUAAGUCAGACGUGCUCAGAUGGAUUUGCUUAUGACCGCCGCACCAGACAGUGCAUUGACGUUGAUGAAUGCAGGACGCUGCCAGACCCGUGCCGGGGUGACAUGCUGUGCGUAAAUCAAAACGGUGGUUACCUGUGCAUGCCGCGCGGCCUUUACUCACAAUCCUAUGCACGCGCCAGUCCGCGUUCAUAUCCUGAGCCAUCCUAUCCUGAAGAGUCAUACCCUGUUGAUAGAUCAGCGGGAUAUUCAGAACCGUUUGCUCCUAAUCCUCCUCCUGUGUUACCUGGACCUGUCCCUGGUCCGAGCUAUCCAAUAGUGAGCCGGUCGGCGCCCUGCGUCCUUGGAUACACGAUCGGUGCUGAUGGCACUUGUGUUGAUGUUGAUGAAUGUGAAGCUGAAUCACACCAGUGUAACCCGACUCAGGUAUGUAUAAAUACAGCCGGUGGAUACACUUGCUCGUGCACUGAGGGUUACUGGCUGGUGAGUGGACAGUGCCAAGACAUUGAUGAGUGUCGCUAUGGUUACUGCCAGCAGUUGUGUGCUAACCACCCUGGUUCAUACUCCUGCUCCUGUGGCCCUGGGUAUCUCCUCAACAGUGAUGUCCGAACUUGCCAAGAUGUGGACGAGUGUGAAUCAGACCGUUGUGCUCACGGCUGUUUGAACACAUACGGUUCUUUCAUGUGUACCUGUGAUGAGGGGUUCGAGCUCGCCUCUGAUGGAACCACCUGUAACGAUCUGGACGAGUGCAGUUUCUCCGACUUUCUGUGCCAGCACACGUGCAUUAACACACCUGGUUCAUACUCCUGUGUCUGUCCACCUGGAUAUUAUGUGUAUGAGGAUGGAAGGACUUGUGAAGACCACAAUGAAUGUGAGUCCGGUAACAACACUUGUCUGGCAGAGCAAGUGUGUUUCAAUUUCCAGGGAGGCUACACAUGUCUGAACCCUCUGAGAUGUGAUCCACCUUACAUAGAGCUUAGUGAUAAUCAGUGCAUGUGUUCUGCGGAAAACCCAGCCUGUCGGGAACGGCCCUUUACUAUCCUAUACAGGCAUAUGGAUUUGUCUUCCGGUCGCAGCGUUCCUGUCGAUAUAUUUCAGAUGCAGGCCACCACACGCUAUCCUGGAGCAUUUUACAUCUUUCAGAUCAAGUCUGGAAAUGAGGGGCGAGAGUUUUACAUGCGGCAAACCAGUAAUAUCAGCGCAACACUGGUUCUGGCCCGACCCAUUAAAGGACCAAAGACGAUUGUUCUUGACCUGGAGAUGGUUACCGUCAACAACGUCAUCAACUUCCGAGGCAGUUCCAUCAUCCGUCUCACAGUAUUUGUCUCUGAACAUCCAUUCUAAAUUUUAACCUUUGACCUCUCACCUCUUCAUGGACCCAUACCUCCAUCAUGGACUUCUGUUACUGCACUAUCCGUCAGGCAGCUGCAUUUCUUCACCUUGGUUCUGUGGUUUUGGACUUCUGUGUGGUCAACGUUCUCCCAGUCUGUUUUUUAGUGAUUGGAGGAAGUGUUGAUCUUUUAUAUCCAUAAUGCAGGUUUUUGAUUUGGCUGCCUGGCUGUCAUUGUAUUCACACGCAUGUACCCAUACACAGAACAAUAUUUAUGUUGUGUUUGUUUGUGAGUUUUUGUCCAUGAAAAUGAAAUUCCUCUAAAGCUGAAUUUGUUUGUCGGUUGUGUCAUGAUUUCUGUCUGUGACCGUGAGCAUUCGAGCUCAGAUGUUGUCAGACUCCAAACGUCUGCCAAGCUUGCACAUGCUACAUCAUGAUUGUAAGAUGGUCUAAAUAACAGGAGCUUGCUUGCGCCAAACCGUCAGCAAAUGUUCACCAGGGAAGUACUGCAUCAUUCUUUCGGCUGGGUAUUUUCUUGCCAUUGCAUCUGUGCAGAACGUCCUCUGUUGUGUAUCUGGUUUUAUGACCGCUAAAGAGAGCCUGGUCAAUGAAUAAAAACAAAUUUGAUGACCUGAACAA